CCAAGCUCUACUCAUCAAGAACACACAUCAGACUAGUUCUCAGCAGUGUCUCUUAUCUGUGCUGUGAGUCUAAAAUACAGAAUCUAAAAUGUAUCUGUUGGCUUAUCUGUUGUAUAUCUGUUGACAAAUGCCUUACUCCUCCAGUCCACCUACUACAGUGCAUCAUUACAGUGACAGUCACAGCCACAGUGUUCCUUAUUUAUUUUAGGUUGUGUGAAAUAAUAUAACAGGGCACACAAAGAAAACAUUGAUAUGCUAUACAAUGAACUUCCUUUCUGAUCUUCCUGGUUGGUAAAAACACUGCAUGGCACAUGUAUUAUUGCUGAACACCUCCUCUCAAACACACCUUAAAAAAGGCCAUCCACACUGAACUUGAUAACAGGAGCCACUCCCCUGUGAAGUACCUGACAAUACCAGUAUGGCACACUGAGGGAGAACGCUUGCCUAGUGAUAAUAGUCCUGUUCAUGUUGUGUAAAUUUAUACCUGUGAAAACAAUCUGCACACAGGUGCCGUUUUAUCCACUAGCCAGCAAAACCUGUGGAGGCAGGUUUUCACAACUAUGAGUGGGCUCAUUCACAAGGCAAGAAGUGGUGGAAUCUUCUGCUGCCUGGUCUUUGUUUUUGGCUUGACUUCCUUAUAUUUAAGAUAUUUAACGAGCUUCAUCCACACACACAACCUGCCAGUGGCCAGUGAAGGAAAGCUGAGACAGAACAUCAACUUAGACAACACGCUGAACUUUGGGGCCAGACCGGGGGUUCCGACAUACACAUCCUGGAAAGCUCCCAUCAUCUGGGAGGGGAUGUUUGACCCUAAUCUUUACGACCAAAGGCACAUCCAACUCCAGUCAUCUGUGGCCCUCACAGUGUUUGCUGUGGGCAGGUACCUAGAUGCCUACCUGAAGAAUUUCCUUACCUCUGCAGAGCAACACUUCAUGUUGGGAUUACCAGUGACAUAUUACGUGUUUACAGAUCUCCCAGAGAAUUUACCAAACAUCGAGCUUGCUCCUCAGAGAAACCUGAAGGUUAUCCAAGUGGAAAAGCACUCCAGGUGGCAAGACAUCUCUAUGAUGCGGAUGAAGACAAUAUCAGAAGCCAUAGAAUCAGAGAUUCGUCACAGCGCCAAUUAUGUCUUCUGCUUUGAUGUGGAUCAAGAGUUUAAAGGUAGAUUCGGCUCAGAGGCUCUGGGGGAUUCUGUGGCUUUGCUCCAUGCCCACUUUUACAAACUUCCAAAACAUAGGUUCACCUAUGACAGAAACCCAAAAUCCAAAGCCUUCAUGAAAACUGGAGAUUUCUACUACCAUGCUGCUAUCUUUGGAGGAUUGUGGGAAAAGGUAAAGAAUAUGGCAGAUGCCUGCUAUCUCAGCAUCAUAGAGGAUAAAUUAAAUGAUGUCGAAGCUCUGUGGCAUGAUGAAAGUCAUCUUAACAAGUACUUUUGGCUGCACAAACCAAGCAAGCUUCUCUCCCCUGAGUAUUGCUGGGAUCAGAGUAUUGCUGACAAGAGGGACAUUAACAUCACUCGCCUGAUAUGGGCACCAAAACAUUAUGACACACUUCGUACGCCUUAGAGUGGCUAGAGGACCAAUAAACUUUGUGAGAAAAGUGCAAGAUUGUUUACAACAGGAUAUCAGCACCAAUCUCCAGAUUUGACAAUCUCCAGAUCCACACAGACCACAACUAUUCGCAACACAGUUUACAAGAUUUCCGUGGCUCAACGCAGCAAAUACAGCUAGCUAACAUCUUAAAUCAACUUUCUGUGCAAUUUCCACAACACAGGCAUUUUACACACCAUGCACUCACACUCCACCACUAACAAAAAGGGCAUCUACAAUCUACACACAAAUCCAUGAUCUUGUUUCUUAUUGAUUCUAUGGGACUGGUAAAAGCUGUCACCUAAAAUAUUGUACAUCCAUCUCUUCAACAAUCAGAGUGGAGUGAUUAUGUUUAGCACUUAAUUAGACCUGGGGAAAAAGCCAUUGCACUAUAAAGCUGUAUACACCUUAUUUAAUAUACUAAAUAUAUGUUACCUCAUUCCACAGAAUAUACAUAAUUGUUGUAAUCCAUAAAUGAUUCAAGAGUUGCAUUUGCAUUUCAGAAAACCCAAGAUGUAAAUUUUAUUCUUUUAUAAGACAGUUUUGUUUUAACUCACACUGCUGAUUGCUGUAGUCUUGACUGAAGAGUGUACUGA